GAGCAGCGGUACUAUGAGUCCCUGGACUACUUCCGAUCUCCAGACGGGCCAAUCUUUUUGAAAAUAUGCGGCGAGUCUGCUUGCAAUGGCAUAGCCAAUGAUUAUCUCAGUGUUCUGGCAAAGAAGUUCGGGGCAGCUGUGGUUUCACUUGAGCACCGUUACUAUGGAAAAAGCUCCCCUUUUAAAUCUUUGACUACGGAAAAUUUGAGAUAUCUUUCAUCCAAACAGGCUCUCUUUGACUUGGCUGUUUUCCGCCAGUGGUAUCAGGAAUCCUUGAACCUAAAGCUCAAUAGAACAAAUGUUGAGAAUCCCUGGUUUUUUUUUGGUGUUUCAUACCCUGGAGCUCUUAGUGCAUGGUUCCGUCUUAAGUUUCCUCAUUUAACAUGUGGAAGUCUAGCAAGCUCAGCUGUCGUUCUUGCCAUUUACAACUAUACUGAAUUUGAUCGGCAGAUUGGUGAGUCAGCUGGUCCUGAAUGCAAAGCUGCCCUGCAAGAAGCUACUCAACUUGUUGAACAAGGGCUUGCAUCAAAUAAUAAAGGAUUGAAGACAAUGUUUGGAGCUGCUGAGCUUGGCAUUGAUGGAGAUUUCCUGUAUUUUCUGGCUGAUGCUGCUGUUAUAGCAUUUCAAUAUGGAAAUCCAGAUGCAUUAUGCACCCCCCUUGUUGAAGCUAAGAAGGCUGGACAGGAUUUAGUGGCUGCCUAUGCCAAAUAUGUUAAGGACUAUUACCUUGGAACUUUUGGUGUUAGCGUUCAAACAUAUAAUCAGAAACACUUGAAGGACACUGCUGUUACUGAAGAUAGCGCUGAUCGGCUGUGGUGGUUCCAAGUUUGUACUGAAGUUGCAUAUUUUCAGGUGGCACCCUCAAAUGAUAGUGUUCGCUCUUCCAAAGUUGAUACAAGAUACCAUUUGGACCUUUGCAAGAAUGUCUUUGGAGAGGGCAUCUACCCAGAUGUUGAUACAACAAAUAUAUACUAUGGGGGAACAAAAAUUGCUGGUUCAAAAAUCAUUUUUACAAAUGGCUCACAGGAUCCUUGGCGUCAUGCAUCCAAACAGAUCUCAUCCCCAGAUAUGCCGUCCUUCCUCAUUACUUGUCAUAAUUGUGGCCAUGGAACUGAUUUGCGAGGAUGUCCCCAAGCUCCUUUAAGCCCUGAAGGUGAUGCCAAGAAAUGCACUUCUCCUGAAGCAGUUCUCAAAGUCAGGCAACAAAUCGUUGAACAUAUUGAUUUGUGGCUGUCUGAGUGCCAAAACUCGGGUAGGAGUUACAUGUAAUACUUUUGCGGCUUAGAUGCCUAAACAUGUUAAUUUCUCAUGUAACUAACUUCAAUCUCAUGUACUCUCUACCUGCUCAACAGAUGUUUAAGGGGUCAUUGUGAAAGAUGUUGCAUGUAUUAGUGGUCAUCUUGGUUUUCAACCUGAAUAUAUUGCCAAUCAUAUUUUAUUAAUCACAGGCACGUCUCUACUUUUCCUUUACUUGCUUUACUGCCAUUUUUCUGAUUUGUACAAUGAUCAAAUGCUCUUAUAACAUUGCCCAAAAAUUGCAUUAUUGGGAAUGUAUAGCAUUUGUAAAACGUUCUGUAUAAUUAGUUAGCUUUUUUAAUGGUUUGGGUUGUUUGUAUUACACUUGCAAGUUCAUAGAUAAUUAGUUGUAUU